AUGACUACCGAUGCCAGAUUGCAAGUCACUACCACAAUUGGUACUAUUGAACGACGUAUAUUUGUAGGUAAAUGGUCAUCGACGUACAACUUUACUGGCUAUUAUGCAGCAUAUUCAUCAUCAAUUUGUACGUACACAAUUGAAGAGCACCGAGCAUUCUUAACAAUUAUCACAACAGUUAUUCCUCUCGUAGGAGGCCUAUCCAGGACAACUGAUGUUGUGGUGCCGCCUUUGGCACGACUUGAUCGUCCGCAUCUUUGUCGACGCAUUCAUCGUUUAAAAACCAGUAUAAAUCAAAGAAAAAAAAUAAUACGAUUACAGCCCUGA